AUUUCGGAAGUACUAGAAUGACCUGACGACUUAUCCUGUCGACAUCUUGAGUUCAAAGCUAUCAGACAUAAAAUAACAUUAUACGUGUCGUACAUUUUACGUUGCGACCAUGUGGUAUGAAAUAAUACCGGGGUUUGCAGUUAUGACUGUUUGUCUGAUGAUCCCUGGCAUUGCUACGAACCUUAUUCACAAAGUCACUAAUGGUUACAAGGAGAAAAGAGUCGCCCGGAAUCCUUAUCAGUGGUAUUUGAUGCAGAGAGACGCGCGGUUGUCUGGAACAGGACAGUAUUACAAAUCCAAGGGUCUUGAAAACAUUCACUGAAGUACUUGGACCCCCUCCACCAUGAAAGGAUGUAAAACUGUCUAGAGCAAUUGUAUAAAAUAAAGUUAUGUUAAAGUA